AUCGUGAGACAGCUGUGUACCAAAUGCGAAAGGUCCCAGAUCAUCAGCUUUGCUCGCGCUUCGUCGUGACCAGUUGUCUUGAGUAUGCUCUGAAGUCUUCAACAUUUCUAUUUUCUGCCACAUUUAACCACUUUUCCCAUAGCCAUGGACGUCCUGGACAGUCUAGACACCGACCACAGCUUCUCCAGCCAUAUGGAAGAAUGGGACUCCAUGACCGAGGAGUACAAACAACUGGAGGAGGAACACAAAGCUUACAAACAGAAGGUGGAAGAACUGAAGAACCUGCAGAACAAGCUGGGAACAUCCAUCAAAAAACAAAGGAAGGACCUCUUGCAAUUGUCAGAAAAACUGCAGGGGUGCGAUGUUCCAGCAGAAUACAGGAGUAGAAUGUCAGACAUUACAGAAAAGAUGAAGGAAAGGAGCGAGGUGUUCCGAGAGAUCGAGGCUUUCCUACCAAAAGACAACGGCAUCUUCCUGAACACAACCCUGGGACGCAUCAAUGUCACCAUGUUCAGCAAGUCUGCCAAGCACAGGUACAAGGAGGAGUAUGAGAAGUUCAAGUUCGUGAUGACAAUCAUCAUGCUGUUUUUGUCCUUAACCCUGAGAUUCGUUCUAGAGUCCAGGUAUGAGAAAGUUGGUGAUGCCAUUUUCCACUUCCUGCUGGUGUGGUACUACUGUACCCUGACCCUGAGGGAGAGCAUACUUAUUGUCAAUGGUUCCAGAAUCAAAGGCUGGUGGGUGGCCCAUCACUACAUCUCCACCUACCUGACUGGUGUGGGCCUGACCUGGCCAGACAGCACCACCUAUCACCUCUUCAGAGACCAGUACAUGGACUUUUCUAUCUACUUAAGUUUUGUUCAGAUCUUACAGUACUACUACCAGAGUGGGUGUUUGUACAGGCUGAGGGCACUAGGAGAGAGGCACAACAUGGACAUCACAGUGGAGGGUUUCCAGACCUGGAUGUGGAGGGGACUGAAGUUCCUGCUUCCUUUUGUGUACCUAGGACAUUUCUUCCAGCUGUACAAUGCCUACACACUGUACCAGCUCUCUCUGUUGCCGGAAUGUGAGGAAUGGCAGGUUCUCAUGAUGAGUGCGACAUUUUUUGUCUUGUUCCUGGGAAAUUCUAUCAGCACCUGGGGCACCGUUGCGAACAAGCUCGGAGACAAGUCCCACGAGCAGCGCCUCAGGCGCCAGAGCCUGUAUCAGCUGGAAAAGUGCAAGAAACCCGACAGUUCAGGACUCCAUCAUCAUAGGGACUAGAGCAGCCAACCACGGCUUCAUCAGUAGCCAACCACAGCUCCACGAGCACGGGCUGGAGCAGCCAAACACAGGGUCAGCACAGACUGCAGCAACCAAUCACAGGCUUCCACCAGCACCAAGACUACAGCAACCAAUCACAGGGCUCAGCACGAACAAAAUCAACCAAUCACUGGACUCACCAGCACAGAGACGAGAUCAGCCAACAACUACUACUACUACCAGUACUACUACAGGGCUCAGCACAGAGACUAGAUCAGCCAAUCACAGACAGUACAGAGAAUGGAGCAACCAAUCAGAAUUUGUUUGUUUUUUCAUUGCUUAAGGACUUUUCUUGAUAUGAAUUCUACACAGCAACCAAUCGAAGAAGGAUCACUGCUUACAUUUGUAGUCAUAUGACAUAUGUUUUGCCAAUGUUUGUUUUAAGCUAGUAAAUACUGUACCAAAUUGUUUUAGAGCUAUGCAAGGCACAGUGUGUGCAACACAAAAAAA